AAGCGGCGGUGCCGCGGCCGCUGCGGGGCAGGGGCGAUGCUGGCGGGUUCGCGCCGCGUGGCCUGCGCCGUGUCCGGUGGGGUGGACAGCGCCGUGGCCGCGCUGCUGCUGCGCCGCCGAGGCUACCAGGUGACAGGCGUCUUUAUGAAAAACUGGGACCCGCUGGAUGAGCAAGGAGCUUGCUCCGUUGACAGGGAUUGUGAAGAUGCUUACCGCGUUUGUCAGAAGCUGGAUAUUCCUUUCCAUCAAGUUUCCUACGUGAAAGAAUACUGGAAUGAAGUAUUCAGUGACCUCUUAAAAGAGUAUGAAUUGGGAAGGACUCCUAAUCCUGAUAUUGUGUGUAACAAGCACAUCAAAUUCAACUACUUUCUUCAUUAUGCUAUGGAUAACCUUGGAGCAGAUGCAAUUGCUACUGGGCAUUAUGCUAGGACCUCACUAGAGGAUGAGGAGGUGUUUCAACAGAAACAUAUGAAAAGACCACAAAGGCUUUUCAGAAACCGUUUUGAAGUUAGAAAUACUGUGAAACUCCUUCAAGGGGCCGACCUCUUUAAGGACCAGACCUUCUUUCUAAGUCAGAUCUCGCAGGAUGCUUUGAAGAAAACCAUUUUCCCUUUGGGGGAUUUAACAAAAAGUUUUGUCAAGAAGAUAGCAGCGGAACACGGCCUUCAUCAUGUGCUAAAGAAAAAAGAGAGUAUGGGAGUAUGUUUCAUUGGUGAAAGAAACUUUGAAAAUUUCCUUCUCGAGUAUUUAGAACCUCAACCAGGUAACUUUGUUUCCAUUGAAGAUAAGAAGGUGAUGGGAAAACACAAAGGUUGGUUCCUCUACACCAUAGGCCAGAGGGCUAGACUAGCAGGCCUGAGGGAUGCUUGGUUCGUUGUAGACAAAGAUGUCAGCACUGGAGAUGUCUUUGUGGCACCAUCAAGAGAUCACCCUGCUCUGUACAGAGACCUGCUGCGGACAAACCGAGUGCACUGGAUAGCAGAGGAACCUCCCGCAUUGCUCGUUAGAGAGAAGAUGAUGGACUGUCAUCUCAGGUUUCGGCACCAGAUGGCACUGGUGCCGUGUGUGCUGACUCUAAACCAAGAUGGAAGUGUAUGGGUGACACUAGUGAAGCCAGCAAGAGCUAUCACACCUGGGCAGUUUGCAGUGUUCUACAAGGGUGACGAGUGCUUGGGCAGUGGGAAGAUCGUAAGGAUGGGCCCAUCCGUGUACACCAUGCAGCAGGGCAAAAACCGAGAAGAAGGUCCAAAGAAGGAAGAGAUUGAUAAGAUAGAACCAGCAACCUAACACGUGCGUUUGUUUAUUGAAGGACUUUGGAGAAUUUGCUGCCUGGGCAUAAUAAAACCAAUAAUAAGCACAUUUUUUUGUUGAUCUGUAUGUUCUUAAGGCCAGUUGACCAUCAGGUCCCAGCUCUUGACUUUUAACACUGAACAGGCUUAAAACUAAAGCCAGUUUGGUACAAUUUUACUGGUCUGAAUGGUGAUAUUUAUAUUAACAUGUAUCAAGGGAUCUCUUAAAGUUGUUCUGUAAUGGUAGUUACGCAUACAAGAAUUUUAAUAUAAAAAUUAUUUCUGAAAUCGUAAAUCUAUCUUUUAAAGUGUAUAUGAAAUACUUUUUUCUUACUUGAAGAUACCUGUCCCUAGGUGAAGUAUGUGUGUUGUUUUACAGUAAUGUAUGUUUGUGUUUUGAAUUCUGGCAGAGGAACGAAUGACAUUUGAGCAUUUUGAAUGAAGUCCAAGCAACAGGAGCUUUUUCACUUUAUAUAGUUUUUUAAGAAAUGGCUCGGAUUCUUCGCUGAGUUAAGCGAUGGUUUCAGAGGUUUACCUGAUCCAGAAUUACAAGUGAAGGGGCUUAAAACCAGUCUUGAUUGUUGAAUUUUUUUCAUACAACUGACUGAUUUUAUGUAGCUGAUGAGGGCUCUUUGGUUUGUGUUCUGGAGAAGAGAACGCAUUGUGGUGCUUCAGAAAGAUACAAACUCAUAUGCAUUUCCUCAUUAUGUAGCUAACUUCAUGUAGACCCAUUAAUAAUUACACAUGGCCAUGUGUCAAUAUGGCAUGGUACUAGGAAGAAAUUGAUACCCCUGUCCAAAUUAUCUUGUUAUCUAUAUUAUUAUUCAAAUACCUUAUUAUUAGUAAGAUUUGGGAGCAUAACGAGGGCACCCUAAGCUUAUAAUGAAGCUAUAUUACAGCAAGUCAACAGAAAUGCAUUCCUGUCUUUCAACAUGGUAGUAGGAGGUCACUGCCCCUAAAGCACAGUGGCGCAGGAGCAGGACUUUACAGAGGAGUGUGGAAUUUUGAGACUUGCAUCCAGUUUGGGUGGUAGAAAAGCUGUACCAUGAAUAGAUCUUUUCAGAGAUCUGAAGGCUUGAGUUACAUGGACGUCCUUUUCUGGUGUCUUUAGUAUCUUCUAGGAAUUCCUUUUAUUUCCUCUGGUAAGAAAAGUAAAAGGCAAUCUCUUCUUAGAAGUGUGCAAAUAAAAGGCAGAGAAGAUACUCUUCAGUGUCUGCCUGCUAGUCUGGCAAAGUUAAACACACAGUUCAGUGAGCCCUAUGGAAAAAACCCCAAACCCUGGACUGUUAAAUCUUUAUGUACGUGUUUGACGUUGCAAUAGAUCUGAUUGAGAGGGCAGAAAAGGCAUCCUUUCUCACUGGUGCCAAAAUUAGUUCAAUUUGGAAGUGUGUCUCUAAAUGUCUCUCCGUACACAGAUUAACUGUAAUGACUGUUCAUGCUUCAUGUCAUCUCCUGAUUUGUGUUAGGUUAGUUGUGUUAUGGGUCCUGGUCACGACUUUUAUGUGGUUUUCCAAAUGUUUUCAGUAUCUUUCCUGAACCUUUUGUCUUUACAAAAUGUAGAGUUAAUUCCUAAGGAGUUAAUGCUCCACAUCGCCCUCAUCUGAGUUUUCCAGUAAAUGUCCCAAUUAAAAUCUUCACAAAUGUU